UUGCAACAUCCACCAUGUCCGGCAAUACAACAAUCAAAACCAUUGAACCCUUCAACCUUUCUGCCCAAGCAGGCACAGACAUCUGGCGCAAACCCCCCUCGACCAAUGUCUUCAACGCCGCAUUCUAUCCCUCCACUCUCCCCACCUACCCCCUCAAGCAGUUCCAGCGCGCAAAAAUCAGCUUUGCCCUCCCCCCUUCCAAUGAACUCCGCCGAUAUGACCAAGCCGGUCUCGUGCUCCACCUGACCAAAGAGGGCGUCGCUGAAAACGCCACGAAAUGGGUCAAGACGGGUAUCGAAUUCUACACUGGCAAACCGUUCGUCGCGACUGUUGGCUGCGACAUCUGGGCCGAUUGGUCUCUAGUACCCAUGCCCGAGUUUGUAAAUGGGACGCAGCCUGCUGUUACAAUUGAAGCACGCAAAGAGCAGGAUGAGCUCGGAAAGAGUCUGUGGAUUUACUGGAUUGUGAGGGACGAGCAGGGCAAGGAGGUUGAGAGGCGCCCCUUGAGAGAGGUUAACUGGUUUACGGCGGCGGAGGAUGAAGGAUGGGAUGUUAGUAUUGCGGGCUAUGUGGCUAGGCCUACCACGGCCGGAGGUGAUGAAUUGCUUGAGGCGGAGUUCAAGGAGGGUCUUGAGAUUGAAGUUUCAAAGUGAAUGGGUAUUUAGCGAGGCUUUUUUUAUCCGCGCUGUUGGGGGCGUUGAGUGAAGGUGGGAGCCUGAUUGCGGGCUUUUUUUUUCUUGUCUUUCACUUUCACCUUCACUUCGUUUUACUAUCCAGAUUCACACACGCACAGAGAGACAUAGAAAAUCACGCCUCGUGCGGUAUAU